CCUGCCUGAUUGCGAAUUUGUGCAGACUCUUUCGUAGGCACACGAGGCCGAUAUGAGAUGCGGAGAAGCCGACACGAUAACCAGGACAACGACACGACGAUAAGCAUCGAUCCAUGGGCGAUGACCGCAGCCCUCAGUGGCGCUGUUGCUGUCGUCGCUCAAAGCCGAUCGGCGUCUGGUCAUGCUUCAGGUGGGGGGCAACCGGGCAAUCGCAUUGCAAAUUUGCAUGCACCUGUAUUGUACGUACGGAUCCCAUGAUCCUUUUUCAGGCUAUAAAUCCACCUCGCUGCCCUCUUGCUUCCGUUCAGAAACCUCUGCAACAUCUCUCUCACUCUCUAGUCUCAGCUGUGUUCUCUGUUCUGACUUAGUGACUCGAUCACCAAGAGAUCGGACAGCAUGUACCCUGGUGAGGUUGCGAGCGUUGUUCUCCCGUACCAGCCACCUGCAACCACAGUCGCUCUCGGGUUCGGAACCCAUUACCACCCGCCUGCAGACGACCUGUUCCCGUGGAGCAGCAACGAUCUGCUCAUCACACUGCCGUACUCCGCCACCGCCGCGCACUGCCAGCAGCAUCCCGCCGGCCAGCAGCCGUUUCUUGACCACCACGUGUUGGGCGGCCCGGACGAGGCUGGCGGCGGCGAGCGGCAGCAGCUCGCGGAGGAGAGGCGGCGGCGGAGGACGGCGUCCAACCGGGAGUCGGCGCGGCGGUCGCGCGUGCGCAAGCAGAGGCAGCUCAGCCAGCUGUGGGCGCAGGCCGCCCACCUCCGCGGCGACAACCGCGACCUGCUCGACCGGCUCAACCGCGCCAUCAGGGACUGCGACCGCGUGCUGCACGACAACGCGCGCCUCAGCGACCAGCGGGACGGCCUGCAGAGGAGGCUCCAGGAGCUCGGCGGCGGUGACGAUGACGACGGCAGCUCCAGGAUGCCUGCUGCCACCUAAUAAGAAAAACAAAGCAAAAAUGACGGUGCCAACACCAAGUGGUGUCCUUUCGUUUGUUGGUCGAACGAAAAUCUUCUAGUAACACAUGCACGAAAAUCUUCUAUUGAGCAUACGAACCAACUACCAAACAUCGAUCCACUAUGCUCACUAUGUAACCAUAUACCUCCUCCUUUUUGUAAGUGCCUUGAUAUCUUUGAAAAGCAUCCUUAAACAUCAUGAA